AUGAGCGGUUUCCUCACUUACAGGGGCUUCGAUCUGGCAGACACACCUGAUCUAUCAGGAAAAGUAUGCGUCAUCACUGGCGGCCAAGCGGGUAUUGGGAGAGAGGUCGUUGCGCAACUACUCCUCCACGGCAUCUCCAAGGUUUACAUCCUUGCAAGGACGGAAGGCCGCUACGAGGAAGCUAAAAAGGAGUGGCUUCAGAAACAUGGCUUGCGCACUGCAGAUGUGGAGGAGCGGACUGAGUUUGUGGAAUGUGACCUCGGGGAUCUCUGGAACGUCAAGAAGGCGGCUGAUGAGCUUCUGGGGAAGCUCGAGCGCCUUGAUAUCCUCAUCAACAACGCCGCCCUCCCCAUCUCCACCCCAUCUCGCCCUCUCUCCUCUCCCACUCUCGACCCAACCUUCGCUACAAACCACCUCGGCCACUUCGUCCUCACAAACCUCCUUCUCCCCCUUCUCCGCGCCACGCCUCGCACGCACAACACGUCCUCGUCCCGCAUCGUCACCUCCUCCUCAUCCUUACAUCUCCUCUGCCGCGGCCUCGACUUCAAUCUUCUUACCGCUCCGCCGGCCGACCCGAGCAGGUCGCGGUUUCCCGGUGCCGGUGCCUUGGAGGGCGUCUUGCGCUACGCGCGCAGCAAACUCGCCAACAUCCUCUUCACGCGCGAGCUCGCGCGGCGGCUUGAGGCCACCGCCGACGCCGUCACCGACCCCAGCUCCGUCCACGGCAACGAGCGCAUCUCCCUAGGGCCCGUUUACGCAAACGCCUUCUUCCCCGGCAACGUCGCUACCGAGGCCAUGGACGCAUGGUCUUCGCUCCUGGGCCCCGUCGUUGGUGGGCUCGUCAAGAGGGGUUUCGGCUUGAUAGGGCAGUCGGUUGAAGAAGCGGCUGCGACGGCGGUGUUUCUUGCCGCGGCGCCUGGGGUCGAGAAGAGGGGACGGGGAGGCGCGUAUUAUGUGCCGGUGGCGAGGGAAGAAAGUACGAGUACCGUGGCAGAAGAUGGGCGGUUGGCGGGGGAGCUGUGGGCGUGGAGCGAUGGGGCUGUGGAGAGGAUCCUGGGAAAGGAGUGGAAGGGACAAGGGAGUGGGGAGGAGGUCAGCGGGUAA